AUGGAUUCUCGUCUAAACGUUUCCGAAAACAAAAAGCACAUGCAGAAAAAGGCCCAACGUCCCGAAGUUGAAGGUUCCACGGACAAAGAGUGGACACCUUCAAGUGAGAAUAUGUCCACUCAUUCUCUUACGAACUCACCAAGAAAACGGAAAUUGGAAAUUUCAGAGGUGAAGAGCACCAUUCUUAGAGUAUGGAGUGAAGAAGAUGAAAUAGCAAUACUUCAAGGCCAUCUCGAUUAUUCAUCGAUAAACAAGGCCAAACCUUCAACCAGUUAUGAUGCAUUCCUUAAUUUUGUAAAGGAUAAAUUGCAGACGGAAACAACAAAAGCUCAAUUACGGAAUAAACUCAAAGGAUUGAAAAGGAAAUAUCAGGGAAACGUCGCCAAAAGGAGUUUUUCCAAGCCUCACGAGGAGAAAAUAUUCAAAUUGUCAAAGAGAAUUUGGGGCCAUGAUGAGAAGGUGAAGAGUGUUGAGACUAAUAAAAUUGAUGAAAAGAAUGUUGGUGGUAGUAGUUCGGGAAUGUAUUCGGACAUGGUUUUAGGUGGAGGUAGCGCUGCUGAUUUGGAGGAUUGGUUCAAGAGAAACCCCGGCCAGUUAAUUAGCGAGAAGGACAGGAAAAAAAUGCUGGCGAAGUCACGAUCCGUAAAGGUUGCUAAAGCUCGACUAUAUUUGAAGGAAAUAGAAGUGAUGGAGAAACAAACGAAGUUGGCCAUUGAUGCUCUAAAAGCCAUUCACAAAUGA